ACCGGUAUCAUCUCUCAACAUGAAGCUCCUGAUAUUUGGGUCAGCAUUGCUGGCAGCUGUAUGGGCCUCCCCUCAGUACAGCCUGCCAGCGCCCUCCGGCCCUGCUUUCUCCAGCGGUUCAUCUAGCGGCUCACUGUUCGGCGGCGGCAGCUCAGCAGGCUUCGGCGGCGGAUCUGGGUUCUCCGGUAGCUCAGGCUUUAGCGGCGGAGGCGGUGCUGGUGCUGGAAUUUCAGUCGGUGGGGGAGGCCUUUCGGGCGGCGGCGCGGGAGGAUAUGGAGGCGGAGGAUGUCGGGAGGGGGAGGUCCUGAACGUGGACGGCACCUGCGCCUUCCCGGAAAUCACAAGGAAUGUCUACGUUUACACCGCUCCGGAACAGCCACAGUCAGUGCUUCCGCCUCCCGCCGUUCCCCCGCCUCGAGUGGAGCACAAUGUGAUCUUCAUCCGCACCCCCGAACAACAGGACGCCCCCGACCCCAUCAUCCUCCCCCCGCCGCGUCAGGAGAACAUCGUGUACGUCCUCAACAAGAACGAGCCAGGCAGCCAGAAGGUCAUCGAGGUGCCUGCUCCUCCCGCUUCCAACCCCGAGGUCUACUUCGUUAACUACGAGGAAGGCGAAAACCCGACGCUUCCAGGCGGCUUUGACCUUCAGACGGCUUUGACCGCCGCCACGCAGGGUGGAGGACAAGUCGUCGGUGGCGGUGGAGGCAGCGGCUUCGGGGGUGGCGUUGGUGGAGGCAGCGGCUUCGGAGGUGGUGUCGGAGGAGGCAGCGGCUUCGGGGGUGGCGUUGGUGGAGGCAGCGGCUUCGGAGGUGGUGUCGGAGGAGGCAGCGGCUUCGGGGGUGGCGUUGGUGGAGGCAGCGGCUUCGGGGGUGGCGUUGGUGGAGGCAGCGGCUUCGGAGGCGGCGUUGGUGGAGGCAGCGGCUUCGGAGGUGGUGUCGGAGGAGGCAGCGGCUUCGGAAGUGGCGUUGGUGGAGGCAGCGGCUACGGAGGUGGUGUCGGAGGAGGCAGCAGCUUCGGAGGUGGUGUUGGAGGAGGUAGCGGCUUCGGAGGUGGCGUUGGGGGAGGCAGUGGCUUUGGAGGCGGUGCCGGUGGUGGCAGUUUCGGAGGAGGAUUUGGAGGAGGUGUCGGUGGAGGAGGGUCCAUCGGAAGCGACUUCGCAAGUAACAUUAUAGCAGGAGGCUUCGACGUUGGGGCUUCGAGUGGCGGCUUCGACGACUCAGGGGAGUUCGAGGGCAUUCCUCAGUACGACUCCUCCCUGCCGCCGGGCGUGGCAAGGGGCGUCAGCAGCGGUUCGCAACCGGUUGUCGCUCCUCCUGCACCAGCUAUUGUAUCAGCGCCAGCCAGUGUUUACUCACUGCCUUAACCGUACAAGGGUAACCCUGGUUCCGCGCAGAUCCUCUGCAAUUCAGUCUUGCAUAACAGAGAAGAAAAUAAUCAUUUAAUUUUUAUUUUUUCAUGUUUGUCUUUUAUUUUUGUAUCUGCUGUGUCCACUUUUGGAUUAAUGUCUAGUCAGUCACAAAAUCUGUUAUGUUAAAAUUUAUAUUUCUGAAUAUAUGUGUAUAUACAUA